GGCCGCAGCUCAUUCCGCCGCGCGACUCGCCGCCACGAGCACGUCAUCCGCGCGCGCGGGCCAUGGUCGCGAGAACCGAUGAGAGCAUGUUCGGGUGCUAUGGUGACAGCUACUCUUACCGCCUGUGGAGCCUGGCCAACGUGUGGGGCGCCUGCCGAUGUGAGUAGCGCGCCGACGCCCGCCCGCUACCGUGCGCUACCCGCACGUGCUGGGACUCGCUGACGUCAGCGGAGGCUGUGAUCUCGGUGUAUUGCGAUCGGACGGCGGCCGGCCGUCGCCGACGCUAGUGCGUGUGAGAACAGACGUGUCGCUAGAUGAAAGUGCACAGCUCGCUUAUGGGAGUUGGCGGUUGGUACGAAAGCUUGGCGGCCGGUUGGCUUGCGGACAUGAGGAGUAAGCAGGUCCCCACGUCCACCACCUCGGCCAGGCGGCUCGCGGCCUUGAUUCGUCCGCUGGCUGGCGCGGGCGGGGUGGAGGGCGGCGCCGCGGGGCCGGACAGCAAGCCCGCCGAGGAGGAGGAGGACCGCAGCGGGUCCCCGCUGGGUCCCGGGGGCCCGUACGCCUGCAGCCAGUGCCGCGGCGCCUACCCCACGCGCGACCAGCUCGAGCGACACGAGACCCUGCACUCGCCCAGCACUCAGGUGGAUACACUCAGAUAUUCGUGCAAAAUAUGCCACAAGAGCUUCGCCAAUGUGUACCGACUGCAGCGGCACAUGAUCAGCCACGACGAGAGCGCACUCCUGCGCAAAUUCAAGUGCAACGACUGCGACAAGGCGUUCAAGUUCAAGCACCACCUCAAGGAGCACCUGCGCAUCCACAGCGGAGAGAAGCCCUUCGAGUGCGCCAACUGCGGGAAAAAGUUCUCGCAUUCCGGCUCUUACUCCAGCCACAUGACCUCAAAGAAGUGUCUCGUCAUGAACCUCAAGAUGGGCAGGAUCAAACCCAACAACCCCGCUCUAAACCCGGAACGAAGUCCUUCGAGAAAACGCGCCAACGCGAUGGUCGCGUCCCAACUAAACAACAACAUCGCCCCGAACGGGAACUCCUUCCUACCUAUCUUACCUAAGUACAAUGAAGCUGCGGCUGCCGCUUUCUUUGCUAGCAUGUCUUCGCAAGAAAACAAUUUCCAUCGGCCGCCGUUAGCGCAGCCUGGAAUCAACCCGUUCUACAUGCCCCCAGGCAUGCCUAUGAGCCCAGCGAGUGGUAUCACCCCUUACAGUUUUCCAACUUCACUUAGUCAAUUGUUCGAACAACUAGCUUCAUCACAAUAUCAACAAAGGAAAAUUGAACCUCCCACUAGUCCAAAAUUAACUAGUCCUCCUCCAGCUGACCCCGAAGACUUAAUCGAGGAAGUCACCGAGGAAGACGAUAAAAGGUCAGAAGGCAGUGCUGAACUAGUAAUGGACAUCGAGGAAGAUGAAGGAACGUCCAUCAAAAAAGAACUAGAAGACCACGAACACCAAACUAAGUCACCUCGUAAUUAUGAAUCCGUCCCCCUAAACAACAACGACCAGAUGCAUAAUAACCAUUCUGGCUUCAACACAAUAUUAGAAUCUGUUAAUGCAUCUGUUACGAAGCACUUCUUUAGAGCAAAUAUGGAAAAAUUAUCACCCAUCUCGGGGAACGUCUGUCCCAGUAUAGGAUCACCGCCGACUCCCCACAUAAUAGUAAAAGAAGAACCUGAAGAUGCGCAUAGGUGCACGAAAUGUAACGCUACGUUCAACAACAGCACAGAUUUAUUAGAACAUGAAAAAGUAGUAUGUGGAAGUCUAUUUAGAAAGCAUGAAGGUUUGGCAGCUCAGGUAGCCGAAACUGUAGCACUUAACAGGUUGGAAGCCGAAAUGCGAGCUUCAAUACAAAGCGGCGUCAGUGCGAGUGAAGAUGAGGACUUUUCAAGAGAGGAACGUGAUGACAAACUGUCUUUGCAGGAUAAUGACAGAAAAAUAAGAGUUCGAACUGCACUGAGCGAGGAACAACAGGCCAUACUAAAAGAGCAUUAUUCCGUUAAUCCGAGACCAAAUCGUGAAGAGUUUAAAAGGAUCGCCCAGAAAAUCGGGCUCGAUAAUAGAGUUGUUCAGGUUUGGUUCCAGAACAACAGAGCUCGCGUACGGAGGAUGACUCAGACAUUAUCGGUGUCAGAUCAGCCACUAGAUCUGUCUACCAAAAAAUCUACGCAGUCGCCGACUCCGAGCCCGACCCCCUCCCCGUCGUGUAGCAUUUCUGUCACACAUUCCGAUUCUGAGGAGGCGGUGAACCUCAGCCAGAAGUCGUCGCGCAGUACGACGCCCCACCGCCCCACCUACAACAACACGUAUCCACAUUCCAAUUGCUCUUCGUCUUCAUUCACGGACUUUAGACUAUCUCCUUCGCCAGGCGAACCGAUCAAUGGGCAGAAGCGAUUACUACCGCAGAAAAUGCUCAUGAACCACCUGAUGCCGAUGGAAAGAUUGUUACAACAAAACGACGUUAGCCAUGUGCGAUCUCCCAUCCUAAAGAUGGAAAUGCCCCCGGAGAACCGACAGGCAUCGAGCCCGUCAUACGAGCGACUCUCUUGGAGGGAAUCACAAAACGAAUUCGACGAAGAUGCGCCUGUACUUAAAAAGAACAAAUUGAAACAAGAAUUCAAGGAGGGCGAAGAACACUUCGUCUGCAAUCUUUGCGAUAAAACUUUCGUCAAGCAAAGUUCCUUAGCUAGACACAAAUAUGAACAUUCAGGCCAGCGUCCGUAUAAAUGCGAGGUGUGCCCGAAGGCGUUCAAGCACAAGCACCACCUGACGGAGCACCAGCGGCUGCACACCGGCGAGAAGCCCUUCCAGUGCUUCAAGUGCCUCAAGAAGUUCUCCCACUCCGGCUCCUACAGUCAGCACAUGAACCACAGAUUCGCCAUCUGCAAGCCUUAUAGAAAUUAAGUCUUUAUGGGCUUAAAACUCAUAACAAAAUGUAGAAGUACCUCCCACACAGGAUCUGAGAGAACAGAUACUCUAUCGUUUAAUUAGUUAUUAUCUGAAACGUAGUCUGAUCUGAUGGAUCUUCUAUAUUUUGUUAAUGAGAUUUCUUCCAUUCUGAUAUUAACGAAAUAGGUUUGCCAACAAACGGCCGACAAAUCUCGAUGACAGAACUUCGCGUGUAAACAAGUCAUUUAUCUCAACGCAUUCAUCUCAAAGAUUUUGUUUAUUCAAACUCAAUGCGCUUUUAGAGGACAAGCUCUCGACACUCGGUAGCUAUAUCUAAUUUUAAAUCAAGCGAGUAACAGAUCGUUGCAUUGUAUUUAAUAGUUUAACUCCUCGGCAAUCGACCGGGUGAAACCGUGCCAAAUACUUUGAACCGAUGAAAUCUUUGAAACGUCUAGCGUCCGGCUGAGGAACCUACGCGUCGCGGCCAAACCUAUUAACGAUAAUCAAGUAUUUGACGCUCGGUAUUUUAUUUCGUUUCGGUGUAAGCUCGUUGCUCAACGUCAUAUUAUCUAUAUCGUAAGAAUUUAUCUCGAAUCAUCGGCACCAGAUGAUGAUAAUAAUUAGAACCAUAAAGCCAAAGGACAAUUUCGUUGCCAAAAAUAUUAUUAGUGGAUAUUUUACGCGUAUUUAGUAAUUAUUAUUGAUUGAUUGCAAAAUCCCAAAGGUCAGUACCUGUGGCAUAAUACUCAUUCAUGUUAUUUUAUUAUUUUUUAUACAAAUGCUUGCUAUUAUAAUGAGGGACAAUGUCGCUGAUCCAAGAAUCAAAAAAAUAUGGUGUAUGAAUAGUUGUAUCUACGACAAACUAAGUAACUUAGUCAUAAUUUUGAAAAUUUACUUGAAACGUUCCAAUGAAGCUGGAAUUCACCGGCUAGCAAUUGUGCUGACAAUAUAAUUAGUCACAUAGUAGUGACAAUCGUUACCAAUGCUUGUUUUCAUUCUAAUAGUUACGUGAUUUGUAGAUACAUUAAUUUAACAUAGAUCCGAGUACAAAAUAUGUAUACACCAUUCCUCUAAACCUGAGAAAAGAGAGUCAGAAAAGAGGGCGGCAUUUGAUUCCAAUUGGCUAUUAAGUUACCAAGUUAGUGCCAAAAAUUCUUCCAAAUAAAGAAAUGAAUAUUGAUAAAUUAUUCAUUUAUUGCAUUCUAAUAAAGGAACGUAGAUAUUUAUACUAGAAGUGACACUCGACGGUUCCAAAACUUUUCGAAAUUCUAUGAUCUGUUAAUGAAACAUUUAAAUAAAAUAAGCUUCUCGUAUUCUAAUGCUAAGUGUUUAGAUAGAUUCAAUCUUAAGUACAUAAGUUCUAAGCAUUCCAUAAUACUCCUAUGGGAUCUCUGCUGUGUUUAAAAAACUCUUUCGUGUAAUCCUUAAUAAAUGUUAAGUUGUAAAUAGCGAUAAUUGUAAAUAUUGUACGGUUUAUGUGUAAAUAGGUGGGUCAACAGUGGUGCACGGAGGGGCCGCGGCCCUGCGUGGUGGUACAGCGACAAUAAUCAGCAUCUCUUUAAUCAACACAAUAGGCUUAACUUUACUAUAAAUUUUAUCUGUAGUUACGUACAAAAAUCCUUCUCCAACAAGCUCUUUACUAGCAUAUACAAAUCUCUCCGUUUAUUCCUGAGUAGUAUUUUCAUAUGUUGUGAUACGAUUUACCUGUUCGUAUCCAUCUGCAGCGUUUACGUCACGCCUCUGUGUCCGUUCUAGAUUUAGUUACGUACUUAAUUUAAUCUCAUAAUUCACACUUCGCAGCCCGUUUCUCACUUCCUUUUCGCAUUUAAUACGGUAAUGAUGUCGAUUCUAGCAUGAUUCUCUAAACCUAAACCUUAAUUUGACAGCAGUAUAUCCUUGUCAUUCUCUAUACAGAAUGAAAAGGAGAGACUGAUGUUAAAUUUAGUUUUAAGUUUAGAGAAUCACGCCAGAAUUGGCACCAAUAUUUCAUUUCGUCUUUAGUUUUAUGUCAGCAGUAUGUACGUUAGAACUGAAAGUUCCUAAGCAAAAAAAUACAAUUUAAGAGAUACCUAAUUAUUUCUAUAUUUUGUAAAUUGUAAGUAGAGAAAAAUUAAUUUUCAAAGGUUUCUAUGCAACGAAUUAAUUAAUGCAAUACAAACGAUACGUAUUUUUACCAUUUAGGGUUUCACAGUUAAUUAAGGGGCGUUCAUUGUCAUUUGGAGAGUAAUGUUAUAUUUUAAAAGUUAUCAUAAUUGCAUAGCACAAUUCUUCGAACUCAACUCACAACAGUAUUUUAUAGGUAACAAGCCAAAUCCUCCCAAAGUGAAGAAGAAAUAUAAGUAAAUGUAAUAUAAAAAUAACUAUUUGGUCCUGUUUGAUCUAUUUCAUAUUUUAUUAUAUUUUAAUGUUAAGUGAUUUCCAAAUUGUCACUGGUGGGCUAGACAAACCAAAGAUUACUCGUGUAAGUGCGAGGCGGGGCAUCUGUAACAUAUAACGGCCCCGCCCAAGAUAGCGAUAUAAUUUAGCUUUAGUUAUGUGCCAAAUAAUAAUUUUAAGGUUCUAAUAAAAUUUUGUAUGAAAUUUUAAAGUUUAUUUUUACAUAAAAUGGCAUUAUGUACUGUGGCAGUGUUUAGUUACUUGUGCAAUACAAAUAUUGCAAGUAUUUCUUCCUUGGUAAUUCUACAUUAAACUACUAUUUAUAGAUUUAAUGAUACUUAGAUUGUAAGUCAAAUGUGAAUUCCUAUUGCCAUAAUGUGUUUGUUGUAUUGCGUGGUGGGUGAACGAGGCGCAGUCCCAUCUGGUUGCUGGACAUUUGUUAAAAUAAGUACAUUAGAUUGUUAAACAUACCCAUAGAUUAACAUGUGUUAAAAUAUUGCCUAUAUAAAUUAUAGUAAUUCAUUUUACUUGAUAUUAUAAUGUAUAUUGAAUUUAUGAAUAUUAAAAAUAUAUAUAUUGACACUUCAAUGCGAA